CUGAAGAAAGCAGGCCGCAUGAACGUGUUUGCAUACACCCGAUAUCAAUUUUCUUAUUGAGAUGGUGAGUACUGUAUUCAUCAUUUGCAGUUGUGUUGUUUUGCAUCUGUUUAUCGCCAUAUCCUUCCUUCUUGGUCUACUUGACUUGACUUGUUUCAAUUCAUGCCGAUCCGAUAGAAUGUACACACAUCUGGUGGGCCACGUGUAUGAUGAUUUAUGGCGCAUAUAUCCCGAUUUCGAGCCAAUAUUCACCAUCGAGUCACUACAUGCUUUCAUAUACCGCGAUUUGUGCGCAUUUUGUUCUUGGUUUGACGUAUAUGCGUCAAGUUUGAGCCCCAUCCCAAUUUCGAAUGAUCAUAGCUGACUCUACCUGACACAGGCAUAGUGAUAUCCGUUUUGCCG